AUCUGGGGUAUUCUUCUAUGGAGGGGAAAGCUGAAGCAUAGAGGUGCAGCGAUUAAUUCAAGGCCAUACACUGAUUCAGUGACAGAUGGGAAGAGAACCCAGGAGUCCUGGCUCCCAGCUUCCUUGCUCUAACUCGUAGCCCAUGCUGCAUGGUCCAAGGGCAGAGAAAUGUACCGGCAUGACCAUACAGGUGGCAGCAUUUCAGCAAAGGGCACAGACGGGUGGGAAGAGUCAGUGCAUCCGACGGCUGGCCUGUCCUGUCUGAGAAGAGCUGAUGGGUCUCUAGCCAGAUGUUCCUGGGCAACAGCCCAUUGCAUGGUGCCACCCUCGCAGCUGGUGCUCAUCAGCUCCCCAGGUGCUAGAUGCCGAGACCACAGCUGCUACUUCGGCCCUGCCACCGAUCCCGGGAGCAGCCUAGAACUGGGUCAGUCCUCGACCUCGCAGCUGGGCUCCAUCGAGUUGCAGGUGGAAAGAAGCCAGGACUCUGUUCCCUUUGUUUAAAGUCACCAGAUCCCGAGAGGACUAGCACACACAUGAUCUCGGCGGACGAUGCGGAGUACCCGCGGGAGUACAGGACCCUGGGGAACGGGACCCGGCGCUUCUCCAACGUCGGGCUGGUGCACACCUCGGAACGCCGGCACACGGUGAUCGCCGCCCAGAGCCUGGAGGCCCUGACGGGACUCCAGAAGGCCGAGAUGGACCGCAAGCGGGACGCCUUCAUGGACCACCUGAAGAACAAGUACCCGCAGCACGCCCUGGCCAUCCGAGGCCAGCAGGAGAGGAUCCGGGACCAGCAACCCAACUACUGGAGCUUUAAGACCAGAAGUUCCCGGCACUCCCAGGGCUCCCAGCCCGCCCUGGCCGAUCAAGCCAAACUCUCCUUCGCCUCAGCGGAGUCCCUGGAAACCAUGUCUGAAGCCGAGCUGCCCAUUGGAUUCAACAGGAUGAACCGGUUCCGGCAAAGCUUGCCUUUGUCCCGCUCCACCAGCCAAACCAAGCUCCGGUCGCCAGGGGUCCUUUUCCUGCAGUUCGGGGACGAGACGAGGCGCGUCCACAUCACCCACGAGAUCAGCAGCAUGGACACGCUGCACGCCCUCAUCGUCCACAUGUUCCCCCAGAAGCUCACCAUGGGGAUGCUGAAAUCGUCCAACACCGCCAUCCUGAUCAAGGACGAGUCGCGCAAUGUCUUCUACGAGCUGGAGGAUGUCAGGGACAUCCAGGACAGAAGCAUCAUCAAAAUCUACCGCAAAGAGCCCCUCUACGCCUCCUUCCCAGCCUCGCACAUCACCAACGGGGACCUGAGGCGGGAGAUGGUUUACACCUCCAGGGAGUCGUCCCCCACCCGCCGGCUGAACACCAUGUCCCCAGCUUCCCACCUCACCUCCGGCUCCCCUCCGCCCGUGCUCCAGUCUUCCUCCCCCUCCCGCUCCCGCAUGUCCUACAGCGGCGGGCGCCCGCCCUCCUACGCCGGCAGCCCCGUGCACCACAGCGAGCGCCUCUCCAACCUGCCGCCCGCCCCGGGCGUGUCGCCCAGCCCCAGCGCCAUCCUGGAGCGCCGGGACGUCAAACCGGACGAAGACCUGGCCAGCAAGAACAUGCUGCUGGUGAAGAACGAGGGGCUGUACGCCGACCCCUACGGCAUGGUGCACGAGGGGCGGCUCAGCAUCACCUCCACGCAGUCCCUGGCCGGCAUGGGCGACCCCUUCGCCUACGCCGGGGGGCUGUACAAACGGGGCUCGGUCCGCUCCCUCAGCACCUACUCGGCGGCCGCCCUGCAGACGGAGCUGGAGGACAGCCUCUACAAGCCCAACGCCCAGAUCUACAGCGACGGCUACGGGCCCAGCCUCGGCUUCCGCAUGCCCCCGUCCUCCCCGCAGAAGAUGGCCGACGGCCGGCUGGUGGACGUCCAGCAGGGGCAGAGCCCUCACAGUCCCUACUCGGGGCCGCCCAGCAGGUCCUCGCCCGUCCGCCAGUCCUUCCGCAAAGACUCCUGCUCCUCCGUCUUCAUGGAGAGCCCCGUCAGCAAGCCCCGCAACCCCAGCUCCUCGGGGCCCCCCGAACUCUUCCCAGGCCCCGGGGAUCGACCCCUGUCAGGGUUCGGCCCUCCCGUGCCCGCCAAGGAUACGGAAACAAGGGAACGGAUGGAAGCCAUGGAGAAGCAGAUCGCCAGCCUGACGGGGCUGGUGCAGAGCGCGCUGCUCCGGGGCUCCGACGGCGACACCCCCAGCGAGAAGACGGACGCCACCAACGGAGGGACCCCCCCGUCAGCAUCCGCCAGCCGGAGCUGCACAGGGACUCCGAUCUCUGCCCCUUCGCACCCCUCUGCCACCAGCACCCCGGCCGGGCAGCCGACGGCCAUCACCCGCCUGCACAUGCAGCUGCACCUCCACGACCUGCAGCAGAACGCCAGCGACCUCCGCAACCAGCUGCAGCAGCUGAAGAAGCUGCAGCUGCAGAACCAGGAGACGGUGAAGACGAUGCUGCGGCGGACGGAGACGGAGAUCAGCGUGCGGGUGACGGACACCAUGCGCAAGCAGGAGGACCCCCUGCAGCGCCAGCGCAGCCUGGUGGAGGAGGAGCGGCUCCGCUACCUGAACGAGGAAGAGCUAAUCACCCAGCAGUUAAAUGACCUGGAGAAGUCGGUGGAGAAGAUCCAGAAGGACAAUCACCGGCUCGUCCCCGUGCAGGAGCUGGAGGAGAAGGCCAUGGUGCUGAAACAGCUGGGGGAGACGCUGACCGAACUGAAGGCUCACUUCCCCAGCCUGCAGAGCAAGAUGCGGGUGGUGCUGCGGGUGGAGGUGGAGGCCGUGAAGUUCCUCAAGGAGGAGCCGCACCGGCUGGAUGGCCUGCUGAAGCGCUGCAAGACCGUGACAGACACCCUCGCCCAGAUCCGCAGGCAAGUGGAUGAGAGCGUGUGGGCUCCGUCCAACAACCUGAGCCAGUCCCCGAAGAAGGUGGCAUCAGAGACCGAUUUCAGCAAGGGUCUGGAUUUCGAGGUCCCCACCAGCCCCCCGAUGAACCUCCAUGACCUGACCGCCUCCACAGAUACCCUGGGCAUGCCGGGCUUCGGGCAGAGCGGCCCCCAGCCCCCCAAGAGCAAUAAUCCCUCCCGGGCUCCGGAGAUGGUGCCGGCCAAGACCCAGACGGGCCCCGAGAUGCCCGGCAGGAGGAGUGCGGACAAGGCCGUGUCCGUGGAGGCCGCCGAGCGGGACUGGGAGGAGAAGAGGGCAGCGCUGACCCAAUACAGCGCCAAGGACAUUAACCGCCUCCUGGAGGAGACCCAGGCCGAGCUCAUGAAGGCCAUCCCCGACCUGGAGUUUGCCGCCAAGCACAAGCAGGCCACCGGCAGCGCCGCCUCCACGCCGGAGCACAAGCCCUCCAAGCCGCAGCAUGCACAGAAAGCCACCGCCAAAAUCGACCCCAACGGCCGCAGGGGCUCAGACGAGCUGACAGUCCCCAGGUAUCGGACCGAGAAGCCCUCGAAAUCGCCGCCUCCCCCCCCUCCUCGCCGGAGCUUCCCUUCCUCCCACGGGCUGACCACCACCCGCACCGGCGAGGUGAUCGUCACCAGCAAGAAGGACUCCAGCUUCAUGAAGAAGGCGGAGUCGGAGGAGCUGGAGUCCCAGAAGCCCCAGGUGAAGCUCAGGCGGACGGUGUCGGAGGUCACCAGGCCCGCGUCCACCCCGCCCAUCAUCGCCUCCGCCAUCAAGGACGACGACGAGGAGGACCGGAUCAUCGCCGAGCUGGAGGUGUUUCAGAGAAGCUCUGGCUCCCCAUUUAACCCCAAGUUCCGCUGCGACCGGCUCGCGGCCGCCGUCUCCCCCGCUCCCGCAGACUUGUGGCCCAAUGGGGCCGCGCUGGCAGCCGAAGGAUGGAAGGCUGCAGCGGCCAGCCAGCCCGAUGCUGGAACAGACUCCAGCCGCCAGCUGUCAGUCCAGGAAUCGGCCUCUCCAGCCAGUCCGGCUGUCCCCCUCCCUCAGAUUGUGCUCACCGAGUGGGUGUCCGACCCGCCUUCGCCUGAAGCAGAGCUGGAGGUGGCUGCAGAAACAGGCAGCCGUCAGUGCGCUGACCGGUCCAGCACCAGAGAGGUGGGAAUGGAAGGAGCUCCACAUGCUGAGCCUACACAGGCCAUGGCGGAAACCGAGAGAAACUUGGAGGGGUUGGGGAUCUUGCCAAGCAACCCUGAGAACCAGGCCGAAGGAGAGGAAAACUCUCUCAUCCGGGUGCGAUCUGAUUUCUUAGAGCAGGCUCUGUCGGCCCCUGGAGGUGCUCCAGAAGGAGAGAGAGCAUUCGUCGUAACAACCCCCCCGACCCAGUCUCUGUCAAAGGGUGGAGGGAACCCCUUGGUUGAAGAGGGAGGAGAAGAGGUUGGGACAUUGAAUGCCGGAGAGGAAGGCAGCUGUGAGACUAUGGCCUACGGGCCAGUUGUCCGUGUGGAGGACAGACCCCUCGUCGAUCUCGUGAAAGAAGCCGCGGACCCUGAAGUGGGUUCCGAGAAGGUCUCCUCCAUCACGGACGAAGGCGAAGGGUCUAAAGCGGCCGUGGGAAUUCCCGGCGCUGUCCCAGAACCCAAAGCCAGGAGAACCAAGCCAAGCUUGGAGGGGAUGCCCCCCGCUUCUGAAGACCCCCGUGAGGCUAGCAAGCAGGGGCAAAGGGAAGACCUCACUGGCUGUCCAGCCUCAAAGUGUCCAACACCAAGACCAAGAUCUUUCCCAGGCAAAGAUCCAAACCACCAGGUGUCUGAACAACUCACGAUACAGCCUCCUGAGGAGCACUUCAGUGCUUCAUCGAGAUCCAGUGAGCACAGAGCCACCUCCGGACAGAGAACCCUAGACCGACUUGCGGAUGGAGAGGAGACCAAGGCAGCCUCGAAUACCGGAGGGUCCCCAGCAGAGAGAGAGCACGAACUGGACCUAGAAGGCAAAACCAAAGAAGAAAUGUCUCCUCUCGGCUUUGCAAGUCUAAGCAGCCACGAGAUUUGUGAAUGCACAUACCAAAGACUGGACAGCCUUGAAGAAACUAUCCGUGAGCUGGAGGUGACCAUUAAUGAAAUCAAUAUCCACCCGUCAGCUGAAUUUAUAUUCCGGAGAGAGCUGCUGGGACAGCUGGGGACUCAGGAUGACAGAGGGCUAAAGGAGGGCUCGGGGGAUCUUGAACACAGUUGCUGGCAUGCCAGGACCGUGGAUUCAGGACAGGGUGAGGCUGAUGCUCCCAGGAGGUCAUCUCUGAGCGGGACCAAGCCACCUCUGCACCCCAAGCCGCAGCUUCCGCUCGACAGUCCUAAGAGUGGCGGGGUUUCCAUUCCAGCCAUGAAGAUGGUGAAUCCGGCCUCCAGGCUGAAGCAGAGCCAGCAGGGAAGCCCAGACAAAAGCAAACACAUCAAGCAGAGGAUGGAAUACAUGCGGAUCCAGGGACAACAGCAGAGCGCUAAGAACUUCACUCCGCCCGUUCUACGAGCGUCAAGCAACGAGGACGGUGCACAGCGCCAGAACCUGCCACGCCUUGUUCAAGGGGGACCAGAACAAAAGCAGAAGGCCAUUGACAGGGGGAGGAAGGGUGUGGGGGGGAAGCGGCUUCUGAAGACGCCUCAGAAACCCUCAGCUCUGACUGUUAAUGCGGCUGCCACUCCGUUUUUCUUUCCUUAAAGUUUUUUAAACAGCUGUAACUGUGAUUAAUCCUGUAGGAAACUGUGCUACAGUCUUCUAGCCAAGGUUUCAUGGGUCAGUGGUGUUUUGACUUUGGGGCCUGUGUGUGCAGCUAUUCUGUUGGGCUUUUGAUUGUUGACUUGCUGAAAGGUCAGUGCUGUAUUGAAGGCCACCAGGGCUCAUCUCGCAAGAAGCCAGCGGGUCAGUGUUUGCAUUAGCUUCGCUGUCUCUUUCUUCCAAGGGUUUCCAAGGGAAACACCUGAGCGGGUUUAGUCGGCGAGAUUGCCUAGUGCUUCGCAAAGGGAAAGACCAAAGGUCAAGGCAUGUCAGUGGCAGGGAGGCAGAAUGUUGCUCCAAGAGAUGUGGCUGAAACGGGUAGAGAAAUGGGAAUGAGACGGGGGCCGGUUCCUGAAGGAGUCAGGUUUCCCGUCAUCUUAGUUUCAUAAUGUAGCACUUUAAAGGUUUGGUCAGUUCCUUCCUGUAGGGAGAGAGAGAAACUGGCGGAGGCAGCCUGGGGCUGCGUGGAGCAGUGGGGGUGAUGCUGAACGGUGAGGCCAGGGCUGGGUGGCACGGAAAGGGCCGACACCGCCAGGCAUUGAUCAUGUUGGACUGAGGGACGUGGGAGGGGAGUGCAAUGGGAUGGGGCAAGGCAGAGGAACGCAGGCGGGAAGGGCGAGGUUGUAAGUCCUGGAUCUCGACUGGGGGAGAAGGGGCAUGACCCCAGCGAGGGUCAUGGCUUGUAACCGCCCUGCCCUUCCAUAUUGUCCUGCACCGGCAAAGGGUGAGCGCCACUGUAGUAAGCAAUAGCCUGUGUGCCCAGAUGGGGGGUGUCGAUGCCGAGGCUGCGAAUGCUGCUGGAGUUCAAUGCUCCUGUUCCGCGUUCUGGCCUCUGCAUGGACUCACUGGUAAGUGGGAGUCUGGCAUAACGGGGCCUCGCCUUGGGCUGAGGUGGGGGGGCGGGGCGGUGGCAGUCCCCCACUGGGCCCUCUAAAAUCGAUAGCAAUCGGCUCUAGUCAGGCAGGGCCGCAGGGAACACACCAGGGGCUAGUGGCUGGUUGCACCAGCAGCAGCACCCCCAGGGGGUUGUAACGCCCAGGUGAAGGAAUGCAAAGUACAAACAGGCGAGGAGCUGCCCUUGCACCGUGGCGGUAACGAACGCACUGUCUAGCAGGGCGGGGGCUCGUUAGAGGAACCCGAGGGAGGGUAGGCCCAGUCUGGAGCCACGGAGAAUAGGCACACAAGAGGGGCCCAUGGCCUGGACUCAGAUUGGGACGGAAGAGGUUUGUUAAAGUACAAUACAUACAUGUGCGUGUGGGGGGGGGGUGUGAAUGGGGGGAAUGGCCAGUCACUGGACAAACAAAAUGUAAGCACAGAGUAUAUCUAGGGGAAUCGAGGCGAGUUGUGUGCGUGGGGGUGGGUGUGAAUAUCCAAAACGCUAUAUUGUAGAGUGCAGCUCAUGUGCAACCAGAGCACGAAAUCGAAUCACUUCUUUCGUUGGCUAGUUUGUCGUCCGUUUUCAGUUCCUUCUCUUUUUUUUUUCCUUUCUUUCUUUUUUGUAUAGCGAUCAUUUUUGUACGAAAAGAACGAGCCUUUUUUUGAAUAACAAAGAGAAAAGAAAAAAAAAAGAAAAGAACCAUAAUGCAAUUUCUUUGGAUUGCAAAAAGCAACUCUUUACAUUUAAGUGAAGUGUCUUAACAUUUUAUAUUGUUUUAAAAAUAUAUUUACAUAUUAUAUAUAUAUAAUAUACGUAAUAUAAAUAUAUAUAUAAAUAUUUAAAAAAAGAAGAAAUAAAAGAACUCUCUUCACGGCUGGUAUAUGAGGGGGUGGAUCUUCUUCCCUGGUGAGAUUGUUGCUUUAGAAAUGCAGCUUUAACCCUAAUGCUCAGCUUUACCAUCCUGUUUCCAUGCUUUUCCUAGACCCCUCCCUGUUGCCUGUCACUCUUACAUUUUGUGUGCAUGGUGGGAGAAGCUGGCAUGCAUGUGCAGGGAGCCACUGGCGCCUGGGUGUGACACCAAGCACCAGGACGGGUUGUUGGUAGCAGGGAUUGAACCUGUGACUUUGGGAUUGUAAAGUGUGAGCUGUAAAGCCCAAGUCUUGGGGCUGAAGCAGCCUUGUUGCCUGCUGGGGCAUGGCCACGGGGGAGGUGUCACAAGAUGUAGGCAGAGUCAGGCACACAGUGGGCUGAUGGGUCAUUUUCCCCCCCCUGGGAGGAGCCAGAUAAAAGGAACAGCAGGGGGUGGAGUUUAGUGGGGGACUUAGCGCCACCCGCUGGGCAGGGAGGGGAAGGAGCUGGUUGUAUGUCUAGAUUAUUUCCCCCUUGCCCAGCAUUGUCCGAGCCCUUCCCCACCCCAGGGCCAGCAUCAGUCCGACACCCCUCUCCGAGCCCGUGGCCCUGGGCCCCGGCUCGUAGCCAGACCUGCUGCAUGGCUUGGCCUCGCACGGUGGGGCGAAAGGCUCAGGCGUGGCCUGUCGGGACGAAGGAGGAGCCGGAGCCAGGCUCAACAAACAGCAGUUGCGGCGUUAAUUUAAAAAAAUAUCAGUACCAAAGUGAACCAUAGUAGCAAAGCUGCGGCUCCUGCUUGCUCGCCUGGCUCCCCUCCGCCACCCACCCCCAGGCGCCGUCCUGCGGGCGCCCUGAACCUGCUUCCACUUCCUGCCUAGGGCCAGGCCAAAGAAAGCCCAUCCCUGCAAAGGCCAGGAGGUGGCAGGGGCACGGCGUGUCUCAUGGCCACUAGUGACCGACGGGUCCCAGGAUGGGGGUGUUCCCAGCUCAGAGCCGAGCACCUACUAUUAAGAAGGGCCAGAUGCCCUGGUGACGGCCUUCCGGCUCCCAUGGGGGUGGGGGGGGCAUAGCCCCAAUGUGCCUCAAGGUAGGGGGCGGGACCAGGUCUAUGCUGCUGGGGGCCAGUGCGUCAGGUUCGGCGUGUGCGUAGAAAGGGUGGGGAGGCUUACAAUAGAAAUGCUGGCAUAGCCUGCACGCCUGUAGCUAAGGGCUCCCCCCCCCCCAGUGCCCCCCUCCACUGGAGGGGGGGGUGUUUUUAAAACCCAGUCAGGUGAACCGCUGCCAGCCACCCACCCUGCCUUCGGCCUCACCUGGGCGUGUGUAACUCGAUUCCCACCUGGCCUGGCCUGGAACGCAGCAGCUGUGUCAGUAAAGUAGCAAAAAAAUGUUGCAGCCUGGGGUGUGGGGGUGGCAGAUUUUUUUUUCAAAGGCACAACUAGGGUAACAUGGUCAAAAGCAGCUAAGGCCCAGCUCCUCCAUGGUACGCACCUAACGCCCCUUGGCUUCAGCAGGCGUUCAGCAGCUACCCACAUUUCAGGGUCUGGGGCUUAGGCAAUAGAAAAAAAAAUCAAUGGGCUUUUGAAAAUGCUUCACGAGGCACAUUACCCCAGGUGCCUAACGCCCAUUGGCUUUUAAGGGGACUUGGGGGCCUUUGAACAGCUACCCCAAAGGUGCACGUGUUUAAAUGUUUACAGCUGCUUGAGGUAACCAGCUGCAGGCUCCUGUGUGUUGCACAGGCUUUCCCCUCACACAGUGCCCACAGGGCCUUUUAGCGCCCAGGAGGCGAUUUUCCACACCAGGCUCUGGCUUUGGAGGGAAUUACUGGGCAUUUUGGUUUGGUUAAUUUCUAUUGGCUUCGUUUCCUGGCGCGUGCGUGCGUGCGUGUGUGCCUGCGUGUGAUCAUCCAUUUUCAUGGCAUUACUCAACUUGUGUGUGAGAGACCAACAAUCACAGCGUGUUGACUUAAAAAAAUAAACCCACUUUAUUCUGCCUUUUAAAUUUAAAAAAAAAAAAGACUAAAAAAGCACCACCCCAGUUCUGCAUGUCUCCCUGGAGCCGCUGCUGCAUGCCACACCUUGCUUCCGUCGUCUGAGACUGUACGUUGGGUAAAAAUUUUAAAAGGACAAAAAAAGAAAACUUUAGAUGCUGUUUUGGGGGUUUCUACAAUGUCGUGUGUGUGUGUGUCUCUCUCUCUCGCAUGAAUUUUAUUGUGAACUGUUUUGAAAAAAAAAUACAAAACAAACCCCAGCUGGUUGUAAAGGACAGUUCUGGAGUCUGUAUGUUUUUGUAAAUCUUUUUCCGGCUUCUGUCUGUAGCGUAGGUCUGUGUAUAAGCUCUAUGGAUGCCAUGGCUAGUUCUGUGAGAAACGUGAUCAUUGUAACUUGAAAAAAUUCCAAAUGACAAAGGGUUGCUUUUGCGUUUGCCUUUUCCUUUCUUAUUUUCUUUUUUAUCAGAGUGUCUGGCUUUAAUAAAACACCUUUUUUUUUCUCUAUAGCA